AUGUCAGAGGUCUGCAAUCUUUCUGCUGCCAUUGUAGCUGGAUCUGAGGAAAGUUCGUAUGUGAUCAAGGUAGAUGGGUACUCAAGUAUCAAGGAGCGAAUCAAGCAUGGCGAGUACGUGAAAUCUAUCCCAUUUACAGUCGGAGGUCACAACUGGAUUGUGAGGUAUUACCCGAACGGUUGCCCCGCUGAAAAUCUUCCCAAUUCUAUAUCUGUUUUUCUUGUUCUUGAUUCAGUCAUGGCCAAGGAUGUGAAAGCGAAAGUUAGAUUUAGCCUACUCGACAAGGAUGGGGAAGCAGUGGCGUCACACAGCCGUACCACAGAUGAAAACAUCUUCCCUACCAAAGAUUCAACUUGGGGUGUCCGUGAUUUUAUAAAGAAGGCUGAUCUUGAGAGUUCAGUUCAUCUAAGAGAUGAUAGUUUCAGCAUCAGAUGCGAUGUUACCGUCGUGAGGCGUAUCCACAAAGGCAGUCGGUCUGUUUGGGUUCCUCCGAGCGACUUGCAUCUGCAUCUCGGCGACCUCCUAAAGAGCGCAGAUGGAGUGGACGUGACCUUUCAUGUCGGCGGGCAGACUUUCUCGGCUCAUAGGUCCGUGCUUGCCGCCCGGUCAUCCGUCUUCAGAGCAGAGCUCUUCGGCGCCAUGAAGGAGAAUGCCGGCGGUCCAAUUGAGAUCAGCGACAUGGAAAGUGAUGUGUUCAAGUCCCUGCUGCACUUCAUAUACACCGACUCACUCCUUGUUCAUGAGACGACUCCUGGAGGUGAUGCGCAAAGCAACGGCGCGAUGGCUGGCCAUCUACUGGUGGCGGCGGACAGGUACAACAUCGAGAGGCUGAAGCUGAUAUGCGAGGAGAGGUUGUGCGACCUAAUCGACAAUGACAUUGUGGCGACCACUUUAGCUCUAGCUGAGCAGCAUGGCUUCCAUAGAAUCAAGCAAAGUUGUUUCGAGUUCCUCGCUUCUCCUUCCAAUCUGGAGGCCAUGAUGGCAAGUGAUGGCUACGAGCAUCUCAAAAGAAGCUGCCCGUCUGUUCUCAAGGAGCUGGCUGCUAGCUUCCUGCCGGCCGAGCUGAAAGCAGUCAAAGAUAUUAUCAUGACAGUUUAG